UUGCUUUUGGACCAAAUGACCCACACUUAGAGACUAGUGCAUCCGUGGGCGGCAUAGCCUGAGGGAAAACACUAAGCGCUCCUCCGAGGGAAGGCCUGCCCCUUGUGCCUGCCACUCUAGGAUGCCACCCCAGAGGUCGCUGGAUGGCCGGCUGCAGGUGUCCCAUCGGAAGGGGCUUCCCCAUGUCAUCUACUGCCGCCUGUGGCGAUGGCCCGACCUGCACAGUCACCAUGAGUUACGGGCCAUGGAGCUGUGUGAGUUCGCCUUCAACAUGAAGAAGGAUGAAGUGUGUGUAAAUCCUUACCACUAUCAGAGAGUAGAGACGCCAGUUCUACCUCCAGUGUUGGUGCCACGCCACACCGAGAUCCCGGCCGAGUUCCCCCCGCUGGAUGACUACAGCCAUUCCAUCCCUGAGAACACUAACUUCCCUGCUGGCAUUGAGCCCCAAAGCAAUAUUCCAGAAACCCCGCCCCCUGGCUACCUGAGCGAAGAUGGAGAAACUAGUGACCACCAGAUGAACCACAGCAUGGACGCAGGCUCUCCAAACCUAUCCCCGAAUCCGAUGUCCCCAGCACACAAUAACUUGGACCUACAGCCAGUGACCUACUGUGAGCCAGCCUUCUGGUGCUCCAUCUCCUACUACGAGCUGAACCAGCGAGUUGGGGAGACAUUCCAUGCCUCACAGCCAUCCAUGACAGUGGAUGGCUUCACUGAUCCCUCCAACUCCGAGCGCUUCUGCCUGGGCCUGCUGUCU